AUGCCUACUCGUGGUCCAAAGACGACCGAUCUUAUAAUUGUCCAUCAGGAAGACCGGAAGAGUCGGACGCGAGCUCGAGCGCACUUGGCACAUAACGGGAUCAGGAAGAGGAUCCAAAAGCAGCGUGGAAGUGACGAUGACAGUCUACCAUCCCCCGGCUCAAAGGCCGUAGUCACUCCUUCUAUUGCACCUCCAGUCGCAUUGUCAGGCUUCUCGAUGGUGGAGUAUCUGAUCUCGACCAAUAUCUUCCUGGAUCUUAGCAGCACUUGGGGCGUGAGUCCGGCGGUUUGCCCUGGUCCUGCAAACUUAUCGCAUACCCUCUCGCGGGCUUCUGAUGCACUGGAAUGUAUUUUUCGUGCGAACUUGGCAUUUCACUGGUUGGAUCUCAAUUUGGGGACGACCCCCGAGGAAAAGAGGAACAUGAAGGUUGCCGCCCUGACGUAUCGAGGGCAAGCACUAGUGUUGGCGCAGAAGGAGUUGCUUCGCUGCCGUGGAUCAGGCUCCACGAGUUGUGACACUAUCCGACGACCGGUCCACCCGGCAAAUCGGGAGAUCUGCUUCGGCAUCGUACUCCGAAUGCUUCAACUCGACUACCGAUUUGCGCGAUGCGACGUUCAGGCCCAUUUUCUGGCAUGCCGACAACUGCUCAGGGGCAGCUCAGAUGUCGGCCUCCCGGUGGAUCACCAAUCAAUUGGCGCUCUGGCAUCUACCAUUCGGAAUCCUCAUCUCCAUCACCUCAUGAUCACCUUUGAAUGUGUUAAUUGCACGCCCAACAGUGUGAUCUGGGACGAUGCGGAUCUAGGCUUUCUUACGAAUCAUCUGUGUCAAUUUGUCAACCGCCUCAAGUCGUGUGAAGUAGUGUCUACGGAGAAUCGAAGUUUGGAUGAAUCUAUCCCACUGACACCGGCAAGGGUCCCUCCUUGCACUAUCUUAUGGCGAUGCCUCACCAAGCGACCCACGUCAAUCCCGUCGAAUAUCUACCGUGAUGUUUGCGAAUCUAGCGCCCAGAUUGGGGCAUUACUGCUCAUAUGUUCGGUUUUCUUUGACUAUGAAGAUGGCCUGGAAGGGACUGAUACUUCGAUUCCCUCCCAGUGCGUUGAGGAGCUAGAAAAUGCGCUCUUUGCUCUCGGGGAGGAAAACGCCGUGUCUAGUGCGCUCAAUACGGCUUGGCUGUUGGCCGGCGGAGUCGGACUACCGCUACUACAACGGCGCGCCCGUUUGUGGUCUGUAUCCGGGAUGUUAUAUGCUCUCAAACGAUCUUCCAGUCUUGAUCUGACCAUUACAACAUCGGGCGAUGUGGUGAAUGCCGAGUAUGUCAAGCAAGUUUGCUUGGGAUUCUUGAGUAGCCCUUGGAGACAGUCCUGA